AACUUGUACACCUGCACAGCUGAGUGUGCAUUAACCCUGGUGUAUGUUUUAGGAGAACAAGUAGGAAAAAGGCAGUUUUGAAGAGGAAAACUAUAGGAAAAUGUGGAAGAACACAGCUGACUAGAUGGCAGAAGCCAUGAGCCAAAGUCACCAUCGUCUCUACUCACACAUUCUUCUUUCUUCACACUACUGAGUCUUCAAGACGAAGCUUCCCGCUGCGUAAGUGUUCAUGGCGCACCGAGAAGCAGUCACUGACAGGACCAGGACGAGGCACCACAGAGAAAUAAUACAGAUGGGAAGGGAAAACAAAAAUGGUAUAUGGCAUCGCUGGGUUCCUCACUACAGGGGGUCCGAGACUCGCCCAAAACACGAGGUCAGUUGGGGUCGGACCGUCGUAGAGGGAGGUACGCGACGCUGCUGGGAAUACUGUGUAUACUUGCAACGCAAACUAAUGUAGAUGAAAUAUUAAAAAAAAAAGUGAUAGUUUCUUGAAAAAUCCUGUAUUUGCAUAAUCUCUCUAUAUAAAGACACUUAUCGUUCUCAUGGUUUUCUUGAACUUAUGAACAAACAAAUUUUGAAAAUAUUGAGGUGUAAAAAAGGAAAUUUUAAAUUGUAUUGUGAAUACUUACAAGAAAGUUAAUACGUCACUACGUUGGAUGCUAUGAUGGCAGCUGCAGUGUGAACACGUAUAUAUUCAUGUAACAAGACGCACCAAGUGGACAAAGAUGAAAUCGAAAUCAAAUUCCUGAAUUCGUGAAUUAAAUCCCAUUGUCAACUUAAGUAUCGCGAAGCUUCGUGUUCUGUGUUCAAAAUGAAUCUGGUUCACUUCGAGGCAAAGUGGGCAGAGAUUCUGUGUCUAGUUUGUGUUUCUUUUCUGCUCACCGUUGUUUAUGGAGAACAGAGAUUCAUUCAGGAGCCGGAGAAUACGACGGCAAAACACGGAGAGAGUGUAAUACUGUCGUGCAAGGUGGCGGACAGGAGAGGGACGGUGCAGUGGACCAAGGACGGCUUCGGUCUUGGCACAGACGAGGAACUUCAAGGGUUCAGUAGAUACAGGAUGGAGGUGGACGACAGUGAUGGUGUGUACAACCUACACAUCCAGCCGGUGUUGGUGGAGGAUGACGCAGUAUAUCAGUGCCAGGUGGGAGGCGCUGAAGGGGAGAGGCACCUCAAGUCCGCCAGUGCCAAACUCACAGUCCACUUCCCUCCUAAGGACUCGGAUGAUCAAGUGUACCUGGACAAACUCUCACCUAUGGAGACGACAGCCGGCUCACCUGUGCGCAUCACCUGUGAGGCUGGACUCAGUACACCUGCCUCCACGAUUAAGUGGCUUAUGGAUGGCAAGGAUAGUGUACCAGGGAGCCAGGUAAACACGACCAAGCUGCCACAACAUGACAGCAUCCUGGUGGCUGUGAAGAGUCGUCUGGAUCUGACGCCAGAGAGGAAGCAUCAUGAAGCCAACAUCUCCUGCCAGGUGUCGCACAAAUCACUCGAAGUACCUAUCAUCAGAACCCUGGUUAUGUUGGUCAAGUACCCGCCGGAAGUCAAGAUUUCCGUCGACUCUGCCAAGAUUAAGGAGAACGAUGAUGUGAAGUUCACGUGUAAUGCAGAGGGCAACCCACCCGAGCUCAGGUACCGAUGGGAGGUGAACGACGUCGGUGUAGUGGGCGACCAGACUACCCAGUACAUCAUGAACAGAAUCCAGCGGGAGUCGAACGGCGCUCGCGUCGCCUGUCUCGUCUCUAACUCCAUAGGCACCACCAAGGCAGAGCACACCCUUAGUGUUGAGUAUGCUCCUAGAUUCAAGAAGGAACCUGCUGAUAUUGACGAGGAUGAGGGUAAAUCCGUGACUCUCACUUGUGAUAUUGAUGGAAAUCCUCGCUUGUAUCAGCCUCUGCCUGCACUGCUCUCAGGUCACACACCUAACCAUCGGACACCAAAAUUUUGUAACUGUAACGCAGUUUCGCUAGACUUGCAGCAUCCUACCCACUUUAACCCUCCUGCAUCCUUCAUCUAUGAUGAACACUGUCACCCCUAUCGAGGAGCAGGUUAUGGUUUGGAGGGGCGACACGAGUCGGGAGAGGUGGAGUGUAACAUCCAGUCUAUCCCGAGGCCCAGCGAGGUCGUCUGGUCUAAGAAUAGACACAAGAUUGAUCCCAACGAGUCCAGGUACAACGUGUUGCAGGAGACUACCCCGAGUGGCGUCAAGAACACCCUUAUAAUCUACGAUGCUCGGCCUGAUGACUUUGGUGUUUACAAUUGCACAGCCAAGAAUGGCUAUGGGUCCCACACGUCUGAGAUAGAGCUUAAGAGACAACUAUGCCACUUGGACAAGGAAAUGGCCAUUAAAAUUGCAUUCAGAGAGAGCUUGCCUCUAGUGACGACCUUGGUAGCCAUCAUAGGCGGCAUCGUCUUCCUCAUCGUUGUCGUUCUCAUCAUCGUUCUCUUCAAGAAGAAAGGCAAAGGUUACAAAGAUUCUGGCCUGGAGAAGCACAGUAUGCGCUCCAGUGACAGGUCGUCUACCCAUGACUCCGUGCUCAAGGUGGACACCCGCACGGCCACUGGGAGUGACCUCUCACCCUCAGAAGACGAUGACUAUAGUUCCCACGAUGACUGGGACACCAAUGAGUCCACUGUUGCAAAUGCCAGGCGACACCACGACCACUUCAGAUACUCAGCUGGGGACUUCAGCGAACCCAUGUUUUCUCCGAAGCAGGAAAACGCAAAUAACAACAGUGGAGGUUAUGUGCAGUAUGUAGACUACUCACGGGACUACAAUCCACCUCCUCCGCCUCUCAACUACAAUCGCAACUCGAGCUGUUCCACUGGACCUCCACUGAAUAAUGUGGAUCCACGAUACUCUGCAGCCUAUGGCAACCCAUAUCUACGUGUGCCCUCCAGUGCUAGGAGUGCUCAAAACAUCUAUGGCAGUACAGGAGGCAUCGAGUAUGGCAUCAUGCCACCCGGAGCAGGGACAACCCACUCUAGUGACACUGGCAGUACUCCUCAGAACCUCUAUGCAGUAGGAGCAUUGCAGAACCUCAACAACAACCUCAACAACAUGACAGUCAGUAGUAAUAGUAACACUUAUGGACACAUUGGUCAGAGUCGCAACAACCUGAGGUCAAGUGCCAACACAAACAAUCAUUACAUCAUGGUGCCACAGACUGACUCCCGACACGGGGUUCACGGCACACACAUCUGAGGUAGAGAAAGAAUUCUGUGAGUCCAGGUAAUAUAUAUUUUCCGUAAUAAAUCCAGAUGGUAUUAACUAAAUAGGCACAGAAGACCUUAAAUACAGUGGACCCCCGGUUAACGAUAUUUUUUCACUCCAGAAGUAUGUUCAGGUGCCAGUACUGACCGAAUUUGUUCCCAUAAGGAAUAUUGUGAAGUAGAUUAGUCAAUUUCAAACCCCCAAACAUACACGUACAAACGCACUUUCAUAAAUAUACUUACAUAAUUGGACGCAUUCGAAGGUGAUCGUUAUGCGGGCGUCCACUGUACUCUAAAAAUAUGGGAAGUGCCAUUAUCCGUCUUCAAAGAGAAAGACGAAAAAAAUACGCAAAAUGGUCCAAGUCGGACCGUAACGGCGUCACAGGGUUCUCUCUCCUAUGUGCAGGUUAUUCGUGUAGUGUAAAGCAACGUAUGAUUGCAGUAUUAAGUCACUCCAUGGUCAACCUGGCUCUUCAAACUCUCAUGUGACACAGGUUGCUGUAAAAGGAGAAAAAAUAAGUUCAGGUGCCAAUACUUCGAAGUUUAAACAGAAUUGCUCAAAUAAAAUUGUCCAGCCGCUGAGCUCUCAAGCUUGUUUUAAAACUGUGUAAUUGUAGGUAAAACUGCUGGUGCCUCCAUCACCGGUGUCUUUAUGAACCAAAGAUCGGGUGUGUGUGUGUGUGUGUGUGUGUGUGUGUACUCACCUAGUUGAGGUUGCGGGGGUCGAGUCCGAGCUCCUGGCCCCGCCUCUUCACUGAUCGCUACUAGGUCACUCUCCCUGAGCCGUGAGCUUUAUCAUACCUCUGCUUAAAGCUAUGUAUGGAUCCUGCCUCCACUACAUCGCUUCCCAAACUAUUCCACUUACUGACUACUCUGUGGCUGAAGAAAUACUUCCUAACAUCCCUGUGAUUCAUCUGUGUCUUCAGCUUCCAACUGUGUCCCCUUGUUACUGUGUC